AUGCGGGAUAUUCGAGAGCUCAUACGGGACGUGGCUGCGGAGUGUGGUAAACCAGAAGCUGCAGAAACUUUUACUAAAGUAAUUGUUGAAGACAACUGGCUGGAUAGUGUCGGAGCGCUGAAAGAGCUUCGGAAAGAGGAUUGGCACAACUUGAAACUGCCGUUGAAAUUCCUGGCUUGUUUAAGGAAGGAGCUGGAACGGGCAGGUCCCCCCCGGGACCUGCCCCCCCCCGCGUUCGAAGCAGGGCCAGAAGUCUCUGUUCACACUGUAGUUAAGGAGGCAAUGCCGGGUCAAAAAGAUACGAUACCGAACAUGGAGUACAUCGAGAGAGGCAGGCCGACGUUGUUAGACGACUGGGUUAACAUUGACUUACACGGGGUGAGCGAGAUUAUUGCGGCUAAUAGGACGAAGAGUCUGGAUUCAUUUACACUGUUACGAAGGAUCUUGCAGAACGCGAUAAAUAAUCCGAAUGAUCCCAUUAAAAGGAAAAUUAGGCUUUCUAAUAAGGCGGUGAGUCGGGACAUUUGUGCUGUUGAUGGCGCUCUCCAAUUUUUGAUUGGAUGCGGUUUUGCCUUGGUGAGAGAACAGACAAUGGCCCCCUGCCCUGAUUGGACCGGUGGGCCUCCUCCAAGUGACUGUUGUAUUAUUCUAGUGAAGUUGUACCGUGAACGGAUCGAUCUCGCUUUAAGGAUAAUUAAUCAGAAGCUUGCCAUUGCCCAGCUCCCUGUGUCUACAAAUUUUAACCCGUAUAAGAGCUCCCUCGUAUCCCAGGGCAACAACUUAUUCAAACAGGCGAAUCACGAAGAAUACAGUCCAGAAAUACUAAAGGACAAUAUAAGAGCAGAAUUACGGAAAAGAGAACUAGGGGGAGGAAACGAACCUGUGUCUUUGAAUCCAAGAUAUUAUCCAGCUGGAUAUGUAAAGAAAAUUGUGUAUGAGCCUAAUGAGCUUGUUGAAGAGUCGAGCUCGUCUUUAGUUCUCAGUGCAGAGAGCUUGGCUAAUUUGAAAGAAAUCUUGAGCGGGAACGUAAAAUUCCGUUCCACGCUUCGAAAUCAAUUGGUGGCAGUCAAAAAGAUUCCCAUUUACCCUAAGACCUGCCUGCGGAUCAUUGCGCCAGAUCGGUCCUACGUGGAAAUCGACUUGAAACCAAGUGUAACCAUCAACGACGUGUACGGUACUAUGUGGGACCGACUCUUGGCGGAAGAAUUCAAGGCGACCAAGAGCCGCUUUUGGCUGCAGGAAGGACCUCCGAAUCCAAUCCUUGACGAGACCAAAUCAUUGUUUGCUCUCGGGAUGGUACCCACCGGCCAAGUACGAUUGGGAUCGGAGCUUGGCAACAAAUACAAAGGACCCUGGUUCAAAACCACGUGGGGGUAA